AUGGAACAAAGGAAAACUAAUAACUCUAGUGACAUAUCGCAAGGUGUACCAACACUGAUUCGCUGGAUCUCUGCGACGUCUUCCUUGCUGGCGAUCUUUAGUUGCUGUGGUGAUUGGGUCGGUUGGUGUGUGUGUUUCCCUAACGAUGGUUGGAUGGGCGUGUUUGUUGGGGGUGCUGGGGUGUGGUGUGUCAUGUGGGUAUAUGCGGGAGGGGGGGGGGCUGAUUUGAUAUUGUUGUUAUUAUUGUCAUGGAGUGUGGGGGUUGUGUUGGAAUGGGUAUAG